CCUUUAAAUCUCUCAAAACCGCCGCACGGUUACACAGACACAGUGAGAGAUUUGUAAACUUAACAUGGCAUCCACGGGAGCGUGCCUUUUAACAGCCGGAUUUUCUCCGGCGGUGGUCCGUUCUAGCUUAACGCGAUCAUCGUUGUCAUCUGGUAAAAUGAAAUCAAAUCCGACUCGGCGAUUUGCAGUUUUUACAGAGCAGAUAUCAACGAAAAAGGAAGCAACGACGACGAGUUUUCCAGAGAAUGGAAGGUUGAAGUUGGAACGCUCAGAAAACGAAAAAGAAGAGAAGCAAAAUCCAUUGCUUUGGGAUUUAGCCGAAGCUGAAAAGAAUUUUCUAAAAAGCUUGAAGGAUUACUUUGAGGAGUCAAAGGAUUUGAUCAGAUCGGACGGUGGUCCACCACGGUGGUUCUCUCCGUUGGAGUGUAGGUCUCGCUUGGACAACUCUCCUCUCCUCCUCUAUUUACCAGGGAUUGAUGGCGUUGGGCUAGGACUUAUAACGCAACAUUAUAGUCUUGGAAAGAUUUUCGACUUAUGGUGCUUGCAUAUUCCAGUUAAGGAUAGAACAUCAUUUACAGGCUUAGUGAAGCUGGUUGAAAGAACAGUUAGAUCAGAGAAUCACCGUUCACCUAAUAGACCGAUAUAUCUUGUCGGUGAAUCUUUGGGAGCAUGCCUUGCACUAGCUGUUGCAGCUCGCAAUCCGGAUGUUGAUCUUCUACUUAUUUUGGCUAAUCCAGGAACAUCAUUUAACAAGUCGCAGCUGGAACCUCUAAUACCUUUAUGGGCCCUCAUACCUGACCCGCUCCAGCUCAGGCUUCCUUAUAUUCUGAGUUUGAUGACAGGUGAUCCUUUCAAGGUGACGAUGGAUGAUGUGACAGAGGGAGUUCCUCUUCAACAGACAGUUGGAGAAUUUUCACAACAUGUAGCUGCGAUUCCAUCUUACCUCUCCGUUUUGGGUGAUGUCUUACCUAGGGAAACACUUCUCUGGAAGUUACAAUUGCUUAAAUCAGCUUCAGCAUUUGCCAAUUCACGCCUCCAUGCUGUAAAGGCUCAAACACUGAUACUUUCCAGUGGAAGGGAUCAGUUGCUGCCAAGUGCAGAGGAAGCUCAAAGACUUCAUAGUUUGCUGCCAAAAUGUGAGACUCGUUUGUUUUCUGAUAGCGGUCAUUUCCUCUUCUUGCAGGAAGAUGUUGAUUUGGUGACUACCAUCGUGGGUGCUAGUUUCUAUCGUAGAGGAGCCUACUACGACUAUAUUUCAGAUUACAUACAACCAUCCCCUUAUAAGUUCAAAAAAAUAUAUGAAUCAACGAGGUGGUUGAGGCUUGCUACAAGCCCUGUGAUGCUAUCAACGUUUGAAGAUGGGAAGAUAGUCAGGGGUCUCGCUGGACUUCCUUCGGAAGGACCAGUCUUGUAUGUUGGCUAUCACGUGUUACUGGGUUUGGAAUUAGCUCCACUGUUGGGCCAAUGUUUUUUGGAAAAAAAUAUUGUUGUGAGGGGGAUAGCACAUCCAUUCAUGUUUAGGAGAUUGAAAGAAGGGAUUUUACCUCCAACGUCACAAUUUGACAUAAUCAGGGUAAUGGGUGGAGUUCCUGUUUCAGGAAACCUUUUGCACAAGCUUCUGUCUUCAAAGGCUCACGUGCUCUUGUACCCAGGAGGCACGCGUGAGGCCUUUCAUCGCAAGGGUGAAGAAUACAAGUUAUUCUGGCCAGAAAAGUCCGAGUUUGUCAGGAUGGCGGCGAAGUUCGGAGCCAAAAUUGUGCCAUUUGGUGUUAUCGGUGAAGAUGACUUUUUAGAGGUAGUUUUUGACUAUGAUGACCAAAUGAAGAUUCCUUUCCUUAGGGAUUACAUAAUAGCCUUAUCAGAGCAGUAUACGAAAGUGAGGAAUGAAGAACAUGGCGAAGUGGGAAAGCAAGAUAUACACCUUCCAGGACUCCUACCAAAAUUUCCGGGCAGAUUUUAUUAUUAUUUUGGGAAACCAAUCGAAACACAAGGGAGGAAGAAGGCAUUAUAUGACAGAGAGAAAGCCCAUGAAUUAUACCUGGAAGUUAAGUCUGAGGUGCAGAAAUGCCUUGAUUUUUUGAAGGAGAAAAGAGAAAGUGAUCCUUACAGGUAUCUAUUCACUCGACUAAAUUACCAGGCUACGCAUGGCUUUACUUCUGAAGUUCCAACUUUUGAACUUUGAUUGUUUUGCACAUUGAAGAUUUGAUUGUUUUCAUCAUCUGUCAGUGUUCUAAUCCAAACCCUCCAAUAGAAAGAAGGAAAAAAAUUCGAUUCUUGAUUAGAUAAUGUUGGAUCACAGAAUUUAUGAUGUGUUAGAAUGCACCAUAUCUUUGUAAAUGUAUACAAUAACAUUUAUCUGAAAUUAUUUAUUAAUCUUUUUCAUCCAUGCGUUGCAUGGAUAUAAUCA